AUGGCGAGCGAGAUUCUGCGCCUCCCGCCGUCGGGGAUCAAGGUCAUAGUCGUCGGCGCUGGCUUUGCCGGCCUCGCAGCGGCCAUCGAGUGCGACCGCAAGGGCCACUCGGUGACGCUGUACGAAAAGGUCGACGACAUCGACGAGAUCACGCGCAUCGGCGACAUCAUCAGCUUCGACCCCAACGGGUCCAAGGCCUUUGAGCGCUGGCCGGGCGUCAUCGACGCCAUGGAGGCCAUUGCGCGCCAGACGACCUGGCUCGACCUGUACCACCACGAGGGCGAGUUCGUCACGCGCCAGUCCUUUGCCCACGAGAAGACGUGGGGCCGCCGCAUCAACGGCCACCGCGGCCAGCUGCACGACAUCAUCUACCGCCACGCCCUCGCCCGCGGCAUCGACAUCCGCCUGGGCAAGCGCGUCGAGGAUUACUUCGAGACCGACGACCCGCCCCAGGCCGGCGUCGUUAUCGGCGGCGAGCGCUUCGUGGCCGACGUGGUCAUUGCCGCCGAGGGCGUCCGCUCGCGCGGCAGGAAGAUUGUGCUGGGCUUCGACGAGAACCCAAAGUCGUCGGGCUACGCCGUCUACCGGGCCUGGUUUCCCUCCGACGACGUCGCCAAGAACCCCAUCAUCAAGCAUCUCGUCGUGAACGGUGACACGCACCAGGGCUUCAUCGGGCCAGACAUCCACUUCCUCGCGUCAUCCAUCAAGGGAGGCAAGGAGAUCAACUGGGUGUUUACGCACAUCGAUGACGGGAACAUCGAGGAGAGCUGGCAGUUCCCGGGAAAGCCGGAAGAGGCGCUCAAGUACCUCGACGGGUGGUGCCCGAUCGUACACGAGCUGGUCAAGGCGACGCCGCCGGGGCGGCUGAUCGAUCACAAGCUCGUGUACCGGGACCCGCUGCCGACCUUCAUCUCACCGCGGGCGCGCAUCACGCUGAUCGGCGACUCGGCGCACCCGUUCCUGCCGACGUCGAUCCAGGGCGCCAGCCAGUCCAUCGAGGACGGCGUCGUGCUGGCCACGUGCCUGCAGCUGAGCGGCCGCGCCGACAUCCCGCGCGCUCUGCGCGCCUACGAGAAGAUCCGCUACGACCGCGUCCACCGCGCCCAGGCCAUGGGGCCCAAGACGCGCGAGCGCUGGCACAAGGCCGACUGGUCACGGGUCUGGAAGAAGCCCGAGAUGAUCCAUCUGGUCCGGGAACCGUGGCUGCUCAACUUUGACGCCGAGAAGGACGCGUACGACAGGUAUGCUGACGUCGUUGCCGCGCUGGAGCCGCCGAGGGCGAAGCUCUGA